AUGUUUAAGUGUUCUCACUGUAAUCGUCGUCGGAGCAAGCUGAGUCUUCGUCAUGGGGACAUCCAGUCGCUGAGGAAGGACUACGUUUCAGGCGCCACCAGCUGGUGCUCGUCCUGCAAGAAGCUGCGUUUCUUUAUGAAGCGCAAGACGGGCUCUGAUUCUGACGAGGCGGAUUGCCAUAGUCUUCCAUGGGUCGAUUCUAUCGAUUCGGUUCCGGUUCAGCAGGGAAAGGGAAAACUUCGGGCUCUUUUCAACUCUCGAUCGAGGGCCCAAAACCAGCAAGCUGCCAGAUUGGCCUUUCACCUCAACAACUGGGCGGUACAGGCUGUUGAUCCUCCCUCUAGGGGUCAGUCCUUCACUAGGUUUCCCGCUUUGAGGCCCAUUAAAGAUCGUGUUCGAGAAGAGUUGCACGACGAGUCCGUUCCGCCCCCCAUUACUCCCCUAAAUCUGUUCAAAAGACCCAAAAGUGUGGAGCGGCUCAGAAAGGUCGAGACACCCAGGACUCAGCUUAAGAGAAAGCCAUCCCCGCCUAAGGAACCUAAAGUCGAACUUCGGGGCAUUGAACGGUUGAGAGCCACUGCGCCUCCACAUUUGGCCACGGCAGGGUUGGAACGGACUUCGCUACCACCUAGAAGUAAUCAACACAAUGAUGCCGCCAAGACUUUGACAAAUAUAAGCGCCUCGAAAGAUCGGUGGCAGCCAACUAUAGCUGCCACUAACCUUUCCAUCAAUGGGGAGCUCCCAGGAACCUCCAAGGCCCAUAGCCACCGGAGUCAAACGGAACCCCCCACUUCAAGCCUGCCAAGAGUCAUCAGUAACAGAACAUUGCAGAGAAAACGCCGUCAGAAGAGCCAACUGGAUAGAAUGCGGUCCAGGUUUGAGGAGCCCACUCGAAAGGAGGUUCAACACCUCGAACACCAGACUCCCCGGAUGAGCCGUCACAGUAGGGAGAAAGGUGGGGCCCACCUUCCACAGACACUCGUGCCACCGAUUGCGGCCAGUGGCCUCUUCGAAAACAAUUAUUGGGACGCAUCGUUAAACAUUUUACUGAAAAGCCACACUGCGUGGCCGCAAAGUUUAGGCUCCCUGGAAUCAUCCACUGAUAUAGACAGCUAUCCCAGUACCGAGGAAAAGGACACUGGAAAAGUGUACCUGAAGGAACUUUACACUAAUCCCUAUUUUAAGCCACAUAAAGUGUACGGAGUACCUGUUCUGAAAGGAUCAGAACAGCUAGAAGUUCCCAAGGAGGUAUGUCUGGUGGCCUGCUCGGCCCAGAGAGCCAGCCUGCAGGCCACAACAUCUGAAAGGCUGAAGACAAAAUUAAUUGAAUGGGAAAGGACGGGAAUUCCGCAUAUCCUGGAACGCCCCAAAAACUAUUUCAGUUCAGUGGCCUGUACGGAGAACGAACUCUUGACUACGAGCACGGAUCUGCUAGAAGAAAACGACAAGCGUUUGGAACUGAAAAUAUCCCACAGCCCUUUGGUUUGUCCCGACUCCAAUUGCAGGCGAGCAGCAUUCAAGAACGAUUACAACAAACAUCUAUCGAUGGAGCACCUAACCCUGUCCAUGGAACGGAUUGGCAUCAGGCAGACGAAGACCUUCAUCCUGGAUUUCAAAAUGGUACACUUGAACAAGCCCAAGUGUCACAUGGUGUACUUGGUGCAGGACAGGAUCAUCGCCACCCAUGGCGACGGGGUAAAGGAUCUGCUGCCCGUCCUGGUGAUGACCGCCCGCGCCAAUCUGGCCGAGGCGAUGGGAUCUACUAAUGGAAACACUGCCCGGUGCAUCAAGGCCGGAAGAGACACGGAGAUGUUUUUCAUUUGGUUGACGAGCAUCAUACCGUGCGACAUGCCCCUCAUGGCCACCUUGUGCCUCUGGGCCACUAAGGGCACUAAGAUCGUCGAUUGCCUCAGUGUCAGUACCAGCCACGUGUACGACAUCCAGGCCUCCCAGGACAUGGGCUCAAUCUGCAAGAGCCCCUCCACCCUCAUGAUCCCUAUUCAUAUGAUAAGCAGGAUGACUGCUAAGGGAACCAAUUUCCUGGUGGUGCAAGUAACGGUCUACUAG